AUGGUGGAUUACAGCAAAUUGACUCCUUCGGGUCCAAGACAACUCACUCCUGAGAUGAAGAGUUCUUUUGAGGCUGCUGACAAACCUGCAAAGAGGGGGAAGAAAUCGGAUUCUAAGAAAGUCGAAAACGAAGGUCCCCUAUCUCCUAGAAAGCAAAAGGCUGAUACCGCUGCACCUUCGGCUCCCAAAAAGAAAAAGGUCAAGAAGAUGGCAAAACGAUCGAAGGCUCCAACGCCUUAUGAUUCCGAUGAAGAGGACCAACCAACCAAUGAAGAAGAGGAUGUUCAACAUGAAGGCUCACCAAGGGGAAACACUCCUUCCCGUUCUCCAACUCCUGAAGUACAUAUUCAUGUUCCUACUCAUCCUCCUUCUCCAAAACAAACCACUAUAUCAAUCUCAGUUGCUCCCAUUUCACCUUCUGUCUCUUCUCAACCCACUACUACUGCUCCAAUACCACCACAUAUCUUUUCUCAAGCUAUAACAACCACAACCACUGGCCCUUCGGUUAGUGUCAACGUAUCUGAUACGGGGGCACAUACCGUUGGCAUUGACACCCCUGUUACCACUAAACCUCUCUCACAAUCACCAUCGACAGACUUUGAGCCUAUUUAG